AUGGACGUCUCUGGAGAUGAGAUUGCUGAUGCAGUCUUAACACAGUUUGAUAGCUGGGAGAAGAAGAGGAAGCCCAUGAACAGGGCUGACAACGUGAAGGAAUGGGUACCACUGAGUGGAAUAGUUUUGCACGAUGCAAAGACUGGCACUUUAAAAUGUGUUGCUGCAGCAACAGGCAUGAAAUGUCUGCCGCAAAAGCUCAUUCCGCGAGCGCAGGGUGUUACUCUUCACGAUUGGCAUGCAGAGAUUUUUGCUAUCCGCUCUUUCAAUAGAUUUAUUCUUGAAGAGUGUCAGGUAUUAGUUACUUCGGAUAAAAAGUCUUCGGAGUACGUCCGUCGACGAGAUGAGUUGGAGAAAUCCGAAACUCAUGCUCAACCCUUUGCGCUCAAUGAUGGAGUGAACAUCUACAUGUACUGCUCAGAAGCUCCUUGCGGAGACGCAAGUAUGGAACUCACGAUGGCAGCUCAAGAAGAUGCAACACCUUGGGCCAAAGCUGAAUCAUCAUUGACUGAGAAGCCUAUUCUUCAUGGUCGAGGAUAUUUCUCCAAUCUCGGUGUCACUCGUCGCAAACCUUCACGACCCGAUGCACCACCUACACUCUCCAAAUCUUGUACCGACAAGAUAGCUCUCAAGCAAAGCACUUCGCUGCUCUCGUCAAUCACAUCAUUGAUGGUGUCACCGGAAAAUAUCUACAUCCAUUCACUAGUAUUACCUCAUUCUCAGCUCUCGACGGUUGCAGUCGAACGAGCUUUCUCACCAUCCGGGAGACUGAAAGAGCUUGACGGUAGAGAGUGGGACAGUGGCUAUAGAUUCAGUCCGUUCCGAGUUCUGGGCACCACUCGGGAAUUCUCGUACUCCAGAAGACAAAAUGAUGCAAAGGAACUUGUGCCCUCCAACAUCUCGUCGUUGUGGACGCCAUAUGGUGCCGAGACCAUCAUCGGCGGAACGAUGCAGGGAAGAAAGCAGUUCGAUGUUCGAGGAGCAAGCAAGGUUUGUAAGAGACGGUUGUGGAAGUUGGCUGCCGAGAUUUCAUCAGCAGCCGAGUCGACAGAAUGGGGGACAUAUCUGCUCAAAGAUAAAUAUCUCAACUUGAAGGAUGGCGACAUGUUGGCGCAGAGAAGGAAAGUCAAAGAAGAUGUGAGGAAGGUGAUGGGUGGAUGGAUUAGAAACGAAGGCGGCGAAGACUUUGCGCUUGAUGGAGUUGAGUCAUAA